UGUUCUUUUGUGUUUCCAUCAGGAGCAACCUCCCAGAAGAUAUCUUUGCAUCUUUCUCAUGCUUGUGAAACAGACCCCUGGGCCUGACUAAUCCCAGUCAGGAAGACUCCACCAAAGACUCCUGAGCUGGCGUGAGUGUAGGAAAAAACCCUGUCAUAUUUCUGUUGUUUUAUAAGAAUGCCAGUUUAACUCACAUAGAUGAAAAAGCAGCAGUAGAAAGAUUUUCCUGGCUAAAGCUACUUGGAGUUGGGGAUUUUCCCUGGAAGAGCCUUUGUGGAACUAUGUCCUGUGUGCCCAGGGUAAGGGUGUUGGGCUGAGUCACGCUGCUCUGCAGAGCUGACGUGGCCCUUGGCAAUCAGUAGGAAGCACAGAUAACUGAAAUGCUCCCAUAAAAGCAGACUUUGCGGACGUAAGCUGUACGUGAGGAGGCAGACUGACAACAGAUCAAGUGAACUAUGCUUGACUGACUCACAAUUUCCUCACCUCACCGGCUCUGCUGGUGAAGUGAUGGCUGUUCUUACCCACAGAGCAGUUCAGGCUGUGAACACCUCAGUUCACAAGCCCAGCCACGCCACGUGCCUUGGGGAGCUUUGUUACGCUUUAAAGCAGCCUUUCUUCUCAAAGUCUCCAGAAAUCACCCACUGAGUCUCCUACGGUCUGGAGGAGAGGUGGUUUCUCAGGCUGGACUGGCAUUGUCACUACCACCACAGGGUUUAGCAGAAAGGUAACAGUCAGAAAAGGAAGCAGCAGGAGGCAACCCCAUGGCUGUCAUCCUUUCCUUCUGAUCCACAAAGAUGAUGCAGCUCUAGUUUAUUUUUCCCAAGGGGAACAGAGGGCUUUGCUGUUAAUACAAAAUGCAGCAGAACAGUAACAUUCAGCUCAGAGAUAAUGUCAAUGAAACAUCAGCUAGAAAAUCAAACAGUUUGUUACUUUCCCUGCGUGAGCAGAUAACAUGACUUUUCAUUGCAACUGGAAAACAUUAAAGUCAUGGGAGGGUGCAUGGCUCAAAUGUCACUUUGAAGGUAUGGCUUUCCCCUGCAUCUCUGACACAAUUAAUUACUGGCUUUGAAAGUACCUCUCUGGUGCAAGAGAAACACAGACCCGAGGUUUUUAGCUAGAUCAGGGCUUCCUGGGCAAAUGUCAACUGAGGGGUAAGCCAGCUCUAUGUAAAGGUCAUUUCAUGCUAAGCAACUGAUGCAAAAUUUCUUCUUGAAGCUGCUCUGACCAAUUCACUGAGAUGAACCCAGUGGGAUAGCUCCCUGACUCAGCUCCCCUGAAGAUGCUGCAAGAACAGUGUUGUGAACCUCAGCAGCUGAGAACUGAGGUCAGUCCUGCACAGCUGGACUUGGCUCUGGCUCAGUUUGCUGACCAGGACUGGGCACAUUUCAGCAGUGAGUGGAUCAACCCAUGAUUCAUACAAGGGAAGCAUGGAAAAUUGUAUCAAUGCUGCAGGACUCACCUGCCACCUCAGGCUGACCCAUAGGGCUAAAGAGGGGAAAACUGGUUUACCACUAAGCCUGUAGGAAGGGCUAUCCCUUCAAAACCAGUGUCUGUAGAUAAUAAUCACAUACAGCUGCUUCUCUGCUGGGGAUUCCCUUUCCUUUUGCCUUCCACUCUCUUCCCAUCCCCUCCCCUCCGUUUCUUUGCUAGUGAAAAGAGGUUAUAUAGAUACUCUCAGGUCCAAUUCCAGAAGGUCAGACUACUCAAAACAAACUGUGAACUCUGGACAAAUCCAGACUUUCCAGCUCACUUGUGAGUGGUUGCAGGAGCCAUGGAGACACUCCCAGCCAGCUGGCAGCAAUGCUGAGGCAGAAAUGCCAUCCUCAACCCACACAGCUGAGGACUUUUGUCUAGCUCAACAGCAAAUAACAAAAAGCAGAACCCCGGGGAGGACAGGGCUAACACCACCUCCUUCCUACAGCCUCUCCAAUUUCCUUUACCUGUAUCCACGUGACUGAAUUCUGCAAACUCAGUCCUUCUGGAGAUCAAUACACAGCAAUCAGUUUUACAUCAUGUUCAUGAUCUCUUUGCUCACUUUAUUGCUGCUGUAUCAUAUUUUAGGGAUUAGGAGUCAGGCAGACUCCAACUAAUGUGAUCACCAAGGGGAAAAAAACCCAGAAAAACCCCAAGCCACCAUGUUUUGCCCAUGAGGAGUGUCUGAGCACAUCGGAGGUUGUAAGGCACAAAGACAUUUCUUUGCUGGGUAGGGGAAAAUAUGCUAUGAAAAUACUGUGAGUGACAGUUACAGGUUGCUGGAGGGAAAUCCCCACUGGCUUCCUAACAAGCAUUUAAUAUUUAACAUAGUUGUGCUUUUUGACUGUUUUUGCUGUUCUAGCUUCCUAUGAAGUCUGUUUGAGCUGUGCUUAUAUUAACUCCAGAAAGCCAAGGAUGGAAUUCUGAAGCAUGAGAAGGGUGAGCACUGGUCAGUCAUACACAUCUCUCAGAGGAGUCAUCAAGGAGUCCGUGAUCCUGGUGAUAUUCAUUUGGGAUUUACUGGCUGAGUCUGCAGAACAAAUUGUACCGAACAAACCUCUGCCAACCUUGACCACCAAGGAGCAGAACAACAUCUUCAACCCAGCCUGUCUGGGGCCAGCAGCAGACACAAACACGAGUCCGCGGCAGCGCUCCCGACGAUGCCACGGGGAGAGAUAUGACGACGGCCUCCGGGAGAUACUCCUGGCGUGUUCUCCAUAAGCUUUUAUCAAGUGGUGAUUUUAUGCAAUGGCAUCAAGCCACAGUUCUUCACCAGUGCCUCAGUCAAACAGCAGCGAUGCUUUCUUUAAAAAAGAAGUGGACACCACGAAACGCUUUCGCCCUGUGCAGUCCCUGCCGGACGUGUGUCCCAAGGAACCCACAGGCAAUCCCAAUAGCUUACAUGACAGCCCAUCUCUAGUUGUGGAUCAGCAAAGAUGGACUAUUUAUCAUUCCAAAGUCAAUCUCCCAGCAGCACUAAAUGAUCCUAGGUUAGCAAAAAGGGAAUCUGAUUUCUUUACAAAAACAUGGGGAGUGGACUUUGUGGACACUGAAGUCACGCCUUCAUUCUACCUCCCACAGAUCACCAAGGAACAUUUUGCAUUAUACCAACAGGAAAUCACUCCGAGAGAGAAGGUUCAUGAAAGGUGCAAGAAUAUUUGUACUUCUAAAGAUACCUUUGACAGGACACUAUUACACACUCACGAUAAAUCCAGGACAGAUCUGGAACAAGUACCUAAGAUUUUUAUGAAACCAGAUUUUGCCUUGGAAGAUUCCUUAACAUUUAAUGCCGUUUUACCAUGGUCUCAUUUUAGUACCGCUGGUGGAAAAGGAAAUCGUGAUGCAGCUUCUUCCAAGUUACUUCAAGAAAAGCUGAGCCAUUAUCUGGACAUUGUGGAAGUCAAUAUUGCUCAUCAGAUUUCUCUCCGUUCAGAAGCAUUUUUUCAUGCAAUGACCUCUCAGCAUGAGUUGCAGGACUACCUCAGGAAAACCUCCCAGGCUGUAAAAUUGCUUAGAGAGAAAAUCUCUAAAAUUGAUAAAGUAAUGUGUGAAGGAUCGCUUCGAGUUUUAAGACUGUCACUCACCAGAAAUAACUGUAUAAAAGCAUACAAUAAACUGAAGUUAAUGGCUACUGUACACCAAACACAGCCCACAGUACAGUUGCUGCUCUCCACUUCGGAGUAUGUUGGAGCUUUGGACUUAAUAGCAACAACACAAGAGGUGUUACAGCAAGAGCUUCAAGGUAUUCACAGUUUCCGGCAUCUUGGCUCACAGCUUUGUGAACUGGAAAAGCUGAUAGAUAAAAUGAUGAUUGCAGAGUUUUCAACUUAUGCUCGCAAUGAUUUAAAUAGACCCCUAGAAGAUGAUUGCCAAAUUCUAGAAGAGGAGAGACUUGUAUCUCUAGUAUUUGGACUUCUAAAACAAAGAAAGCUAAAUUUUUAUGAAAUAUAUGGAGAUGAAAUGAUUAAUACUGCAAAGAAUAUAAUUAAACAGUGUGUGGUUAAUACGGUAUCGCAGAUAGAAGAAAUAGACACAGAAGUGGUUGUUAAGCUUGCAGACCAGAUGAGGAUGAUGAAUUUUCCUCAGUGGUUUGAUUUACUGAAGAAUAUUUUUUCAAAAUUUACUAUCUUCCUCAAGAGAGUAAAGGCAACGUUAAAUACUAUCCGUAGCGUGGUUUUCUUGGUUCUAGACAAGAACCAAAAAACCAGAGACCUGGAGGACACGUUGCUGAAGAACUCUGCUAAGGAGAGCAUGGUGGACAGCGAGGUGGCCUACCUGACCCACGAGGGGAUGUUCAUCAGUGACGCCUUCGGCGAUGGGGAGCUCCCGGCCGGAGCCGCCGACUCGGCCUCCCAAAGGAACACCUCCCCCAACAGCGAGCCCUGCAGCAGCGACUCCGUCUCGGAGCCCGAGUGCACCACCGACUCCUCAUCCAGCAAGGAGCACACGUCCUCUUCUGUCACUCCAGGAGGAGUAGAGAUGAUGAUCGGCGAGGAUAUGAAACUGACUGACCUGGAGCUGGUCAGGCUAGCAAACAAUAUCCAAGAGUUACUUUAUAACGCCUCUGAUAUCUGCCACGAUCGCUCAGUCAAGUUCCUCAUGGCAAGAGCAAAGGAUGGCUUCCUAGAGAAGCUGAAUUCCAACGAGUUUGUUACUCUUUCUCGCUUGAUGGAAGGCUUUAUCUUGGAUACUGAGCAGAUCUGUGGCAGGAAAAGCAUGUCCUUGAGAGGAGCUCUUCAGAGUCAAGCCAAUAGAUUUGUGAAUAGGUUUCAUGAGGAGAGGAAGACAAAACUAAGCCUGCUUUUGGACAAUGAGCGCUGGAAGCAAGCUGAAGUUCCUGCCGAGUUCCAGGACCUCGUUGAUUCGGUGUCAGAUGGCAGAAUUUCUCUACCUGAAAAAAAACCAACAGCUACUGAAGAAAGAAAGCCAGCUGAAUUCCUUAUUGUUGAAGGACAGAAAUAUGCAACAGUUGGGACAGUAUUGCUGCUAAUAAGAAUAAUCCUGGAGUACUGCCAGUGUGUAGAUAACAUUCCUUCCAUCACCACUGACAUGCUGACCCGCCUGUCGGAUUUACUGAAGUAUUUCAACUCUAGAAGUUGCCAAUUAGUGCUUGGAGCUGGUGCAUUACAAGUUGUCGGCUUGAAAACAAUCACUACGAAAAACCUAGCCCUUUCUUCACGUUGCCUCCAGCUCAUCGUACACUACAUUCCCAUUAUCAGGGCUCAUUUUGAAGCUCGGCUGCAGCCGAAGCAGUUCAGCAUGCUCAGGCAUUUUGACCACAUCACAAAGGAUUAUCACGACCACAUAGCUGAAAUUUCAGCAAAGCUCGUUGCCAUAAUGGAUAGCUUAUUUGACAAACUAUUAUCCAAGUAUGAAGUGAAAGCCCCUGUUCCUUCAGCAUGCUUCAGGAAUAUCUGCAAGCAAAUGGCAAAGAUGCAUGAAGCUAUAUAUGAUCUCCUUCCUGAGGAGCAAACUCAGAUGUUGUUUUUGCGAAUUAACGCAAGCUACAAACUCCACCUGAAGAGGCAGCUGGCCCACCUCAAUGUGGUCAAUGAUGGAGGACCUCUGAAUGGGCUGGUUACUUCAGAUGUGGCUUUUUACACUGGAAACCUUCAAGCUCUGAAGGGCCUUAACAACUUAGAUCUAAACAUGGCUGAAAUCUGGGAGCAGAAGAGGUGAUAAUCCAUUGGGAGCAGUCACUUGGCUCUGACAACAGACUGACUCUCUUCUAAGCAGCGUGACGACGGUGAGGUGAAUACUUGAGCCCAGAGCCCCAGAAAGGGCAGGAUUGAGAGUCGGGGGAGCUUAGACUCAGAGGGAGCUGCAGGGAGAGAUCCUUCCAGUGUCCUUCAGCAAGAAACAAGUGAUCAGCUGUCUGUGCAAUGUUUUUCAUUCUCUCUGGAAACAGACUCAGGUUUCUUUGGACCAAAUCCAAAAGAACACAUAGCUGUAACACAGCUGUAGUUGUCUAGAAUGCUCUGUAUAUCUUUAUAUUAAAAAGAUGCUUUGCAUUUCUUCUAGUGCAAUGAAA